AUGUUUUCCUUCUUGUCUGAACAGCUCUAUGUCUCCCUGGCAUUGGGAUCCACUGAAUGUGUUCUCCUGGCUGUGAUGGCUUUUGACCGCUAUGCUGCAGUGUGCAGACCUCUCCACUAUACAGCUGUAAUGAACCCACGCUUGUGCCAGGUUCUGGCAGGGGUCGCAUGGCUGAGUGGAGCAGGAAAUGCUCUCAUCCAGGGCACUGUCACCCUCUGGCUACCGCGCUGUGGACACCGGCGGCUCCAUCAUUUCCUCUGUGAAGUCCCCUCCAUGAUUAAGCUUGCAUGUGUGGACAUCCAUGCCAAUGAGAUCCAGCUCUUCAUUGCUUCAUUGGUCUUGCUCCUUUUGCCCUUGGCACUGAUAUUGAUGUCCUAUGGACACAUAGCCAAGGCAGUUAUAAGCAUCAAGUCAGUGCAGGCCUGGCAGAAAGCCCUGGGGACAUGUGGAUCCCACUUGACUGUAGUAUCCCUCUUCUAUGGGAGUGCCGCAGCCAACUACAUCCAGCCCAACAGCUCCUAUGCCCACACUUUUGGGAAAUUCAUCUCCCUYUUCUACACAGUAAUCAUCCCGACCCUCAAUCCUCUCAUUUACACCUUGAGGAAUAAAGAAGUUAAAGGUGCACUGAGAAGAAUAUGCCACAGAGACCUACRUGUGUAA